GGGGCAAGGGACUGCCUCACUCUGGCAAGUGAGCUCAUUUGAGGCGGGGUGAUUUGAAACAGCUUCAGCUUUGCCCCAUCUCCGAUACUAGAGUAGGUAUGAUACCUGAUUGCAUCACCUCGAGAUAGUAAAGCGUAGACUACCUAGGUAGUAGUAUGCUGACUUGAAGAAGCUGUCCCAGUCAACCUCUUCGUUGGCUGCCUGCCCCCCUUCAGGCCAGACUCAGGUCGCCUUCACCUUAGACUACGGCCCGUUUUUGUCCCACAUCACUUUUCUCGCUUGUUGUCACAUCAAGACCAGUACUGACCAGGCAUUGCCGUUAAUUCUCGGCCUUCAACAUGACCUGUCGACAUCUGGAUUCCCUCUCCCUAAACCCACCCACACCAGCUCAGUCUGUCUACCGCGAGGAUUGCACACAAUGUUUCGACUCCAUUGACGAACCGGAAGGCCUUGAUGUCUGCCUGCAAUGCUUUAAUGGGGGCUGUGUCGGCGACAGAACGCAUUCCCAGCUUCACUAUGUCACGAGAAAUCACCCCCUUGCGCUAAACAUUCGUCGGACCCGAAAACGAGUCGUCAAGGAUGAGCCUCCCGCCAAGAUGACAAAGCUGGCUAUCACAGCCGAGACCGAAGCUGAUCGAUACGACAUUAGUACCGUCGUCAAGUGUCAUGAAUGCCUUAUAGAACUCGACAAGUCUCACGCGAAGCUCGCUCCCAUCGUCGACGGCAUUCUCAAAGCGAACACAUUCUCUCGUCAGGAGGAAGUCAAAGCAUGGGAGCAGGAGUUAUCCACCUGCGAGCACAUCCUCAUGUUGCAGCAGGAGGCGAGUCGGAAGAUCGAAAGCGGUGAUUUGGGUCACUGUUCCAAAUGCGAUCUCAAAGAAAAUCUAUGGCUAUGUUUGGCUUGUGGAAAUCUAGGCUGCGGGAGGGCUCAGUUCGGUGGUGUCGGGGGCAAUUCACACGGAUUAGCCCAUGCUACAGAGUCGCACCAUCCAGUCGCCGUUAAGCUUGGAUCCAUCACGCCAGAGGGAUCUGCCGACGUCUACUGCUAUCAAUGCGACGAUGAACGUCUAGACGAUGAGCUUGCACCACACCUGGCUCACUGGGGCAUCAUCUUGGCUGAUCAAGUCAAAACAGAGAAGAGUUUAACCGAGAUGCAGAUAGAGCAAAACUUGCGCUGGGAGUUUUCUAUGACAACAGAGGAUGGAAAAGAGUUGCAACCCUUAUUCGGACCUAGCCUGACCGGCCUCAAAAACCUUGGUAACAGUUGCUACCUCGCCAGCAUUUUGCAGUGUUUAUUUGACCUGCCCUCCUUUCAGGAACGGUACAAUAUCCCCGGAGCUGAUCUACCACGCGUGCCCGACCCAGCCCAAGACCUGGAAACUCAAAUGCGCAAGAUAGCAGACGGGCUGCUCUCAGGUCGCUAUUCAAACCCCGACAGCGAUGUUAUAGCAUCGGAGCGCUUACCUGAAGUUCCGCAUCAGAAAGGUCUUGCACCAAGUAUGCUGAAACAUCUCAUUGGUCGAGGUCACCCAGAAUUCUCUACCAUGCGACAACAAGAUUCAUUCGAAUUUCUUCAGCACCUUAUCAAAUUGAUCACGCGAGCGCAGCACCCAGCUCCUUUAGUUGACCCGACACAACCAUUCCGCUUUGUACUGGAGCAACGGCUACAAUGCAUAAAUUGCAAAAAGGUUCGCUACUCAUCUACCGAGCAAGAUAGUAUCUUCAUCGAUGUCCCGCUCGAGAAGCUACCAUCUUCUGAAGGGGAAGAAGGUGACAGGUAUCAGGCAGUCGCGUUAGAGCAGUGUCUCAACCGUUUUACAGCCCAGGAGGCCGUCGAACUUACUUGCCCUGCGUGCGAUAGCAAGGUUGGAUUCAUGAAGCGGGUUCUGUUCAAGACUUUCCCCACUACUUUAGUGAUCAACGCCCGGAAGAUGACCAUAGAGAAUUGGGUACCGCGCAAAGUUGAUGUCCCCGUUAUUGUACCAGAUGGCGCAUUCUCAUUGGACGGGUAUAUCUCACCUGGCCAUCAGGAGUCUGAAGAGCUGCUUCCCGAGGAGGAGAAUGCCGCCGCUCCAACGUUUGCCCCGAACGAGGGCGCACUGGAUCAGCUAAUGGCCAUGGGAUUUCCUCGUAACCGUUCCGAAAAGGCACUUUACGCGACGGGCAACUCCGAUGCAAAUUCCGCUAUGGAGUGGCUGUUCUCUCAUAUGGAAGAUCCCGACAUCGACGAUCCGUUAGUACUCACAUCAACUGGCUCGGGUGGAGGUGAUGGGGCCGAUCCCGAGAAAAUUGAGAUGCUUGGUGCCAUGGGAUUUAAUGCUCCGCAAGCACGGAAGGCUCUCAAAGAGACCAAUGGCGACGUAGAGCGAGCAGUUGAAUGGUUAUUCAGUCAUCCGGAUGAUCAAGGUGACACCACCGGAGAUAAUGGUGCCGCGACGGAGAAACAAGAACAGCUUCCAGCUGGAUCUGCAGAUCUCCCUGCAAACUUUCAGUUACGAAGUAUUGUCUGCCACAAGGGGACCAGUAUCCAUGCAGGACAUUAUGUGGCAUUCGUUCGGAAGCAGCUUGAUCCCUCAGAUAAACCGAAAUGGGUACUCUUUAACGACGAAAAAGUUGUCGAAGCUGGAGAUGUCGAAGAGAUGAAGAAGACAGCAUAUGUCUACUUCUUCAAUAGGGUUAGGGAAAGCUGACCACUACCCGAACAGAGGGCGAAAUUGACGAAGGCACAGGGGUGAUCCAACCAAAAGCAAGAGGGAGUUACAUAGGUGUAUGUCAAAUUCGGGAAUGUGAGCGUGCAUAGGUACCGUAGCAUAAGCGCAGGCUAUUGAGCUUCUGAAUAGUUGGAG